GUCAUCACAGAAGAGUCAUUGUCGACACCCGAGAGGAUAAACAUACUGUAUUUGCUUUAAGGUAAAAUUAUAAGUUUAAUGUUCUAGAUGAAAAUAAUAGCUUAGUUGAAUACUUGAUUGAGGGGGUAAAUGAUAAAUGGUGCGGGUUAAACCGCGUACGAUACCUUAUCCGCCUUAGUAUAAGUCGAAAGAGACAGGAAACAGAGAUCUCAGAUCGAGGAAAUGUUAUGGACACUUAGUGGAUGGAUCUUCAACUAAAAUUGGGCUUUUGUUGUCAUUUACUGUACCAUCAAUAUUUAAUGUAGAAAUUAAAACUCUGGGGCUGUGAAGUACGGUACAAACGAAAUGCUUUUUGCCUGUAAAAGUAGUCAUUAAGGUGAGCAAAAAAUACGCUUUAGCCUUACUUUAGCUGAGUGCAGUGAAUCGAUUGAUCUACUUUUUUCUAUUUAGUAAUAUUUUAAAUACACCAAAACGAAGCCACAACUUCUUUUGCCCUUCAUGGUGUUGUGAAGUAUCUUAGAAGUAUCGCUGUCUUCGAACCCUCGGUUUUUCGUUAAUGAGCCUCCUUACAUUUCGAACCUUUUUUAAAAAUCCUUUUCGGCAAAAGGUUCCUGAAAUAAUGUCUUUUUUAAAUUUGUUUAACGUGCCCUUUAUUUUGCUUUGACUUGUAAAGACCUUUAAUCCUCUUCUUCUAAAAGUCGAAAGCUUAAUUACAGUAGUUUUCAACCUCUUUUAAACUGUUUCUUUUCGGUCACUUUUUAAUGAAAUGUUCUGGAGCGAGUCAGUUCCGAAAGUCAAUACACGCAAAGAUGGGUUAAAAAUAUUGCGUUGGAGUUUUCUGAGUACAUUGAUGAGAAGAUACUGAAGUCUUCUCCGAUUAUAUUGUAUUAAUUUGUUCAUCAUUAUAUACAGACCGUCAAUGAUUUUCUUUAAUCGAGUAAUUUCGUUUUAUGAGCUUUGACUACGUUAUAGAACUGAAAUUUCGAUUCACGGUUUCAAUUGCUUUUUUCUUGUUUUUUUCAAUUUUCAAUUCGGUUUUAAUUAAUUGCUUUAACACUUUUUAAGGAUCAGGGUUUUUUUUUUUCUAAUUUAAAGAAAAGAACACUUUCGUGUACCAGAUAUUGACCGUGUUGAUUUCUUUCUAGUUUCACCUGCUUGUGUUGAUUGUUGUUUACAGUUUUGAUUUUUUUUUUAAAGUUGAACUGAUCUCUAUCGCUAAAACCGUCUCGGCUUUACUAUGCUGUCCAAACAAUUCAUUUUAGGAAAAAAUGUUUCGUUUUUGAGGCUAAAAGAAAUCUAACGUACCAUAAUUAAAUCAGGUGCAAUACCAAAUCAGGCUUUCUCAGCUUUGAAACGUUUAAAUUAGAAACGUGAAAAGGAUAAAAGACAAAUUUAUCGGUUUUAAUGUGGUAAAAAACGUCCACUAUUUUAUUGGCCUAAUGAUUAGGGUUAUUCCGUGGUUUCGUCCACUUAGGUUCCAUUUGCUGCUCCGUCACAAAUUCGUUUCGAUAUUCAGCUCACUGAGUUAGUUUUGUUGAUGUAGAACAGAAAUGCUAAGCUCUUAGUUUCUUUGUAUAUUUAUAAUUAAGUCCGCCAGUUUUUGUAGGAGUCUGUAAAUGAAAUGCUUUGUUGUGAAACCUCUUUCAGCUAGGAAUUUCUCAGUAAAGUCUCCUAUUCUGUGAUGUCUAGUCUAGCAAAACACCGAUAUAGAUUUGUUAAAGCUGUAGACAACAUCUUGUAAUAGCAAAUUUGCUUGGUCUGGUGGCAGUUGUUUCAAACUAAACAUCAGGCGUAACUUCUGACUGAGUAACUGUAAUAUUUCGUACAAAACGUUUCCUCUCAAUGCUGGGACCAGGAGCUUACAACUUGAGAAUUCCUUCAUCAUGUUCCCUUGAAACGACAGACCCAGAACCUCUUCUAUAGGGUUGACAACUUAAAAAAGUCGAGUAUAUCUUAACAGCAUAGCUCAGGGAGGUUCAAAUUAUUCCACCGGUUUGUGGUGAAAUUAGUAUAAGAAAUGCAGUAAGCGUUUGGCCGCACAUAAGUAUGCACGUGCACUCUAGCCCCUCCAGUAAAAUAUGCAUGAGGAAAAAGUGUUUAGGACUCCCACCUUCAAGCACGCAGUCACGUGAAGAAUGUGCUCUAAUCGUGUAUCAAAUAUAAUUAAUUAUUCACCAAUAUAAAAUUAGACCUUUUAAAAAGAGCUUCCGUCUUCAAAUUAUAAUUGCCUCGAUAUUUUUGUUUUGUAUCACAGAUCAAUUUUCGUGUGUUGGCAUUUUUUAAACAGCGAUAGCAGAGCUGGUUUAGGUUUGAAUAUGAUCGUCUGAAUUAUCAAUAAUAAUCCUUAUAAAGAAAUGAGAACAGAGAAAAGUAAUGAUAGGAGGGGGACGCGAAGGAGUCGUAUUUCAGGCACGUCGUAUAUAACUCACUCUUAGCAUAACUGAUCAUAAAAAGUUAAAGCUUGAACGCCAAAGACCCGAUCAUUGUACCUGUUUCUAGUAUGAAUUUCUAUUUUUUAUGUGCGAUAUGUGUGUUUGUUGUGAAUCAAGAAGUUAGUAUAAUAGAUUUGGAUAUACGUGGUUACUGCAAGAUUAUUGUGCCAGAAAUAUUGCUCUGGGAAUGUUACGGUUUAUUAAAAAUCGUUGUGAAGGAAACGUAAACUAGUAAUAUUUCAAGUCUGAUUUUCACCUCGAAAUAGAACCAUGAAAGAGAGUCAACUUAAUCGUUCAUCCAAAUAUUUUGUUACUAAGGAAGUGGAAGUCAGAAUUUUUUUUUAGCUGUCAUUGACGUCCCUGAGCUUUCUUUGUUUACUGCCAGAUUACGUAAGUGUUCAAUAUUUGCUAUUUUGACUGGACGGUAUCUCACCCACGCAUUUCGAACUCUUUCCAGCUUUUGAUUUUCCACAAAUAAUAAAUUUUUGUCAAAACUUUCUUCAUUGACGCCAUGGUAUAUCGGUCGAGUACGGAGUGACGCCCAUGAGAAAGUGGGGGAUCGUCCGAACUUCCUCUACAUACUCAAGGGCCUUUUCCCACAUAUGAAGGGGGCAACGCGGGCUGGUGACGAGGUUGGCGGAGAUCGUCAGUAAAAUGUAUUGUUUUUAUUUGGCCAUAUUAAACGAAAACUUUGGGUUUUGCUUGAGCCUGUCAAUCCAAAGUUUUGCGUUUUUUAAAACAUAGACUAUUGGACUUACCCGUAUGGCUUUUCAUUCUUAAAGUUUUAGCUACUAAUUACAAUACUAUAAACAAGAUUUUUUAAAAAAAUACCAGACUUUGUUAAAAUACAUGGCUCGAACGAACAAUAAAUUUUAAAAAUUACUGUUCAAGUUGUCCUUAAGCAGCAUGAUGAAGACAAAAAAUUAAAAUGUUCAAAUGAGGCCUUAAAAUGCUGCCCGUUUUAAAAAAUAUAAAUAAAAAUCCGAGCUUUCGCUAGCCUGCGAACAGAGACGCACGACGACCGGAAAUGCGUCUGCUGUUCGCAGGCUAAGCUUUCGCCGAUCAACGGCAUCAUCGUGGGGAACAGCAGUUUAAUGCCUCAUUUGAACAUUUUAAAUUUUUAAUGUAAAAAAAAUGCGUUUGCAGUUGUAUGUUUCCUUCGUUGCAUGAGCAUUACCAAUAUAUGGAAUAUCUCGACUGGUCUUGGCCAGUGUUUCAGUCAGUUUAGCUACCUUUACUGAUUGAUUGAUUUCGUUUGCGAGCCCAGUGUUCUCACACACUGCUCUUUUGUUUUCAGUUCACGGUAUCCGGCGAAGUAUGGAUCGUUAUCUGUUGGUUGUGUUUCUGUGUUUCACUAAAUUCACCUUUUCUUCCAGUCAAGGUAAGUAAGCUUUAAUUUAACGGUCCAAGUUUAAUUUGAAGAAGAGUCCACGCGUUAUCCUUGACCCGGGGGGGGGGGGGUAAUCCCUUAUAAGGGCUUAAUGGGGACGUGCGGCCAGCCAGGGUAUGUUUUUCGGGAUUUUUGUCUUAAACAGGGUAUCGAAUUUAUCAUUUUUUGUCUUAAUCAGGGUAUCGAUUUAUCAAUUUUUGUCUUAAACAGGAUAAAUGUCUUAAACAGGGUAUCAAAAAUCGGAAUUCUGUCUUAAACAGGGUAGGAAAAUCAGCGAUAUUUGUCUUAAACAGGGUCAGGGUAUGAGGGGCCGCGCCGCACUUCCCCACCCAGGGAUAUAUCGAGUACCCCCCGGGAUCCUUGACUUCUGAAAAGAGCCGGUGGGAGAGGGGUGAAGCAUCCGAGGUUAAUUCUGACAAGAGACGUCUACAAUUUUUAGAGCUAUGGGCGGGGUUGUUCAAAGCAGGGUUGAGAUAACUGGCCAGGGUUAGUGCGAAAUUUAAAUUCAUAUAUGAAAGCUUAAAAAUCAAAUUCUUUUUGUCUGCAUUGGAAUGAUUUGAUGCUCUAAAGAAUAGAGAAAAUUAUCCAAGAAAAUGCUUUUGAACAGAAGAAUAACAAACCCAGAUUCAAAUUUAAUCCCGGGUUAGCGCUAAUUGACCUUUAAACAACUGGGCCCAGAACGAUCACUUUAUUCUCUAAAUUUCUUAAGCAUGAUAAUUAAACACACAUUUUCCCUGGAAAAAUUAAUAUUGCCUACAAACUCGAAACUCCUAAAAUACAGUUUCAGUCUAAUCGUUUUUGAUAAAAUGCACAGGAACGAACUACGAACUAAAAUAAAUAAUAUUGAAAAAUAUGGAUGGAUGGAUAAGGUAUUAGCACAGAAACAAAAAGACGGGACUAAAAUGCAAUUAACUCUGACACUCUAAUUUUUGUCUUUUUUAUUUUUCAGGAUGGAGCUACCUUCCAAAUGCUAAUGUUGGUGAGAAAAUAUUAACAUUUCGUUUUUACUGUUUAUCAGUUUUCUUUAAAUUCUCCCACUUUUCUAACCAGCUUUUCACCGACACGUCAUUCUAUUAAAAGUUCUUUUUAAAAACGCUUAUCCCAAACAUGCCUUGAUUUCUCUUUUAGGCCCUGCUAACUGGGCUGGUAUAUGCAGUACAGGCAAGAAACAAUCACCAAUUGAUAUUAAAAGCAGCGAGAUAACUCAUGACAAAGGUUUGGGUGCGUUCACACUGGAAAACUACGACAGGAGGCUCAACAAAACCUUCACUGGAUCAAACACAGGCUACGCCUUUGCAAUGGCAUUCCCUGACAGAGUGUAUAAUGUCAGCGGAGGAGGUCUGAACGAUGUUUACACCACUGUUCAGUUUCACUUUCAUUACGGACCAAACGACACUGUGGGAUCGGAACACAUUGUAGACGGAGAACAUUAUGCAGCUGAGGUGAGUGAAUGAGUGAAUGACUGGGUGGAUGGAUGAGUGAAUGAGUGAGUGGUGGGUUGGUGGGUGAGUGAUUUGUGAGUGAGUGAGUGGGUGGGUGGGUAGUGAGUGGGUGAGUGAGUUGGUGAGUAUGUUUGUAUGUGGGUGAGUGCCGGAGUGAGUGAGUGAGUGAGUGAGCAAACUGAAACUGAAUGUUACAAAGACAAUUCUUGCAUCAAACGACAACGAGGUGUUUCUUUAAAUAUAUCAGAGAAAUCCAUUGAUCUUUCUAAGAAUUAUGUCAUAAGUGCUCCAUAAAAACAUUCCAGAGUUAUAAUCCCUAAAUAAAGAAAAGGACGUUCCGAAGGUUUCAAGCUUUAAUUGUUAAAGGAAAUUCGUUUCUCAAAAGCCAGUGAUAACGGUCGGCUCAAACCUACUAGAGUGAAUAUGCUUUUCUUUUGUUGUACAAAGCCUAUGAUUCAUUAGCCUAUCAGCUCGAUAACUGGCUUCGCGUUUUAUUUGCGCCUUCUUAAGACAUCUUCCUUUGCUACUAACCUGGAAAUUGUUAAAUUGUUAAACUGUUUUCAACACUAAACAACUUCAGUUUCUGCAAACGAAUGAGACUACGGAAAAGUAGUUUUUAAAAUUCCCUCUAAAGGAACUUCAAAUAUUCGCAUCAAAUGUUUAAGUUUCCCUUCUUGUUUUUACAGUUGCACUUUGUAAGUUAUAACACCAAAUAUGACAACCUUGUGCAAGCAAUCGAACAUGAAGAUGGUCUUGCUGUUCUUGGUCUCUUCAUACAGGUAAUUGGGUAAAAAGAAGUUGAUUAAAUAGAGAAUGUCUCGAGAUCUCGAGAGAUAAAUUUAGAUCAAUUGUUUUAAAAUGUGAAUAGAUAUAACGACACGUGUUUUGAUAGGAUAUCAGAACACAUGUGUUUUGGUACGACAUAUCUCAGUUGCCAAAAUCCCUAUAACACACUGUAGUUUAUAUAAUAAAUAUAUUAAGUAAACCCAAACGUUCCUGUGAACCUUUCGGUCUCGUGGUUCUAUCUGUAAUCAUUCUUGGGCCGAAAAUUUGACCGACGUGAAUUGCUUUUUACUCUGAUUUUUCAGGUUGGAGGCAUUAAUAACACAGCAUUUUCGUUUCUGGAAAAUGCCCGAAACCUUUCUGAGAGUUGUAAGUGAUGUUUUUUCCGCAUAUUCGCAGUUUUCAUGGCGCAAUUUCAUGAAACCGUGCCCGUUUCUCCAUAUUGUGACUAACGACAUCUUUGGUACGUUUUUAUCUCUUUCUGUAUCUGUAGACUCAUCCAUGGGUGGCAUUCCAGCUUUCAGAUUUGACAGCCUGUUACCUGCCAACAAGACCAAGUACUUUCGGUACAGCGGUUCUCUAACCACUCCUUCUUGCAAAGAGAGUGUCACGUGGACUGUUUUUAGGGACGCUGUCAACAUAUCGCAGUAUCAGGUACAGUAUUUGACUUAAAAAAACAUGUGUUUUAAACUACUUGACAGCAGCGUUUUAAAUUUUUUUUUGCCGCAAACCCGCCGUCUAUUGGAUCAAUACGUCAUUUAGUGUAAAAAUAGUCCGAAUGCCUCCUAAUUUGUUUGUUUUUUUGUUUUUAGAUGAACCUUCUGCGUCAACUCCAGAAGACGUACACCACAUUAAGUGUUGGAAAUUACCGUCCCGUUCAGCCACUCUACAACCGAAUCGUCAGGGCUAGCUUCCAGGCCUCCGCUGAUACUAAUCGCAUAACUUCAGCCCCGAGAAUCAGUACUGGUAGUAUUGCUACAAGUGCGACAGAACAGGCCUCGCCAGCUGCGACCGUCGGGUGUGGCCUGGGAUCGUCUGCAGUUCGAAUGUCUGCUGGCAUGUAUUUGUUGAUGUUGUUUGCUGCCUCCUCAGCUAUUUUUACACAUGAGUUUUGA